UGAUUCCUUCCCUGGGAAACUUUCUUUCUAGGAUGUUUCGUUUUACCAUCCUCGUGUUAUUCUGUUGUGCUGUCUCCAUCAGUACAGGGUUGGUUAAGAAACGCUCUGCAUCCCAUUCUGGUGAAUAUGGAGGGACUGGAGGAAUGCGCUUCUCGCAGGCCACAAACCAAUUGGAUGGACCCAUAACUGCCCUUAAGAUCUGGGCGGACUCAUCAUAUAUCAUAGGCCUCCAGGUCCAGUACGGGGAAGAGUGGAGUGACCUUGUGGGGAGUUCCACAGGUGAAUUGGGGACAAUCGAGCUUCGCCCUGGAGAGGACUUCACUCAUGUCUCUGGGAAGGCUGAUUCGUACAUCCGCAAACUGAAAUUCCUAACCAACUUUGGACGCCGCUUCUCUUUCGGAGGUGACGAGGGCACCAGUUUUAUUGCCCAUCCCCUCUUUAAAAAAGCUGUCCUGUCUUAUUUCAGUGGCCGUGCUGGCGCCAUCAUUGAUGCCAUCAGUUUCCACUGGAAUGUGAAGCAGGAGAAUAAGCAGGACAGUGAAUACUAAACUGUCCAGUGGAUAGGAGAAGGCAGGGGAGGUCUGUCCUUCCCUCCAUCUCUGUGGGCUUUAUCUCUCCUUGCUAUACAGAAUGAUUCUUUCAGCCACUUGAAUAUUAAAUAUUUUUUCACC